AUGCGACGCUCACUGCAAUCGGCCCUGCUGCUGGGCCUGUCGUCGCUCGUGGCAGCUGUCUACAAGGACGAGGUUGGCCAAAUCGACUUCCACCACGCCCUCGUCGGCCUGCCCCAGAGCGAGACGACCUUCUUCCACCGGCCCAAGAAGGACGAGAAAGCGAGUCUUCUAUAUACACUCAGCGAUGUUGGAGUCCUGGGCGCCGUGAACCCCAAUUCGGGCGCUCUUGUUUGGCGACAUCAGAUUUUCCCGGGCAUCUCCCAUGGAGGCGGCCACCUGAGGGCCCCCGAGGGCGAGAACUGGAUAAUUGCUGCACAUGGCCAGCAGGUCCAGUCGUGGGCUGCGCUGAGCGGCAGGAACCUGUGGCAGACCGAAUUCAAUGGCCAGGUCAAGGAUCUAGAGGUUAUGGAGCUGACUGAGAGCGCGAGAAAAGACGUCCUCGUCUUGUUCGAAGAGGAUGGCGUCACGGUUCUGCGCAGGCUGCACGGCGUUUUGGGAACCGUGGUUUGGGAGUUCCGCGAGGUCUCCAAGGAUAUCCCUCUCCAGGUGUCCACCAGCCUCUCUAAUGUCUAUGUCAUCAGCCUUCACGGAUCCCCCUCUUCCUACAGCUUGAAAGUCACCUCGUUGGAGCCCGCCACGGGAGGACGAGUUGACCACUUGACGGUUGGCACCAAAGGCGAUGUCCAGGGACCGCAGGAUGUCAUGUUUGUCGGCGCAAACUCGGCUGCUCCAAUUCUGGCAUGGGCCAGCAACGAUCUGGCCAAGCUCAAUGUGCACAUCCUGGGCACAAAGUCCAAGCAAGACUUUGCGCUCCCCGCGGAUACCGUCUCCGUCGAGAUUCACGCCCCGCACUUGACCCAGUCUCAGCCUCACUUCUUGGUUCACACCCGUACCACCACUGGCAACAAGGGCGAGGUCUUCCAUACCAACAUUAAGUCUGGCCAGAUCACCAAGGCUUAUGAGCUUCCCCUGCUCCCUGGACUUGGCGCGUUCUCUACCAGCUCCGAAGGCGCCAAUGUCUACUUUACUCGCGUUACCAACGACGAAGUCCUCGUGGUUUCCUCCGACUCUCACAGCGUCUUGGCUCGUGAUCCUCUCAAGUCCGACGCCCGCGUUGAGGCCGUUCACGCCGUUUCCGAGGUCAUCAAGAAGGCCGGUGGCAAGGAGUUUGCUAUCCGAUCUGCCACCGUUACCAAGUCUCAGGACUGGGUGCUGAUUCGAAACGGUCAAAUCGACUGGACUCGCUCCGAGGGCCUCAGCGGCGCCGUUGCCGCGGCCUGGGCUGAGAUCCCUGAGGCCGAGAACUUGGCCAAGGUACUGGCCGAGGAGGCACACACCAACCCGUUGGACGCCUACAUCCACCGCCUUACUCGCCACAUCAACGAUCUCCAGUAUCUUCCCGAAUACCUUGCUACUAUCCCAACUCGAAUCAUUGAGAGUGUUACUGGUGGCGCUGUUGUAGUGUCCAAAACUACAGGUCUUCACCGUGACUCGUUUGGCUUCAACAAGAUCAUCAUCGUCGCCACCCGCCGUGGUCGAUUCUAUGCCCUAGACACCGGAAACCAUGGCGAGAUUGUUUGGUCCGCUGAUGUGUUCCCUCAAGCUCCCGGUUCUACACUGGAUGUGAAGGGUAUCUUGGUCAAUGAUUCCGAAGGCACAGUCACAGUUCGCGGCGCCAAUGGCGAGUAUGCUGUUAUCAAAGUGGCCGAUGGACAAGUUGUCGAGUCUCAAUCCGGCAACGACUUGGCUGCCGUCUCUGCUACCGCCGUAAUUGAGAGCGAGGGUAGCAAAUGGCUGCUUCCCCUUGGACAGGACAGAAAGCCGACGGGCGAUGCCCUGAAGGAUCUUACUCUUGACCAGACCAUUGUUAUCCGAGAGGACGACGAUUCCAUCAAGGGAGUCAAGUUCAUCAGCCAAGAUGGCGAAAUUGUCAAAAAUGAGAUUUGGCAGCUCCAGCUGCUCCCCGGCCAGAAGAUUGCCAGCAUUGCCAAGACCCCUGCUCAUGACCCAAUUGCCUCCAUCGGCCGUGUGUUGGGAGACCGAAGCGUCAACUACAAGUACCUGAACCCCAAUGUCGUCAUCAUUGCUGCCAUCGACACCGCUGCUUCAGCCCUUUCUGUCUAUCUCUUAGACACGGUUACCGGCCAGCUGCUUGCAUCCCAAGUCCACGAGGGUGUGGAUGGCGACAAGGAUAUCUCAUGUACACUGUCGGAGAACUGGUACAGCUGUGCUUUCUUUGGACAGUAUACCCUAAACGAUGGCACGGACCGCGACAUCAAGGGAUACCAGGUUGUCGUGUCUGACUUGUACGAGUCGCCCGCAGCCAACGACCGUGGUCCUUUGGGUGAUACAGAAACAUUUUCGCCCCUGGAUCCCGUUGAUACUCCAACCGGCGUGCCUCUUCCAUGGGUUGUUUCCCAGACAUGGAUCCUGUCGGAGCCUCUGAACAACUUGAGCGUUACCCAGACACGUCAAGGUAUCAGCAGCCGACAGCUCUUGGCUUACCUGCCCGAGUCUCACGCUAUCCUCGGCAUCACUCGCCAUGGUAUCGACCCUCGUCGACCUGUUGGCAGAGACCCAUCUGCAGCAGAGAUUGAAGCUGAGGGCCUCGCCAGGUAUACGCCUGCCAUCUUUAUUGAUGGGCGGAAUCUGCUUAGCCACGAGCGGGAUGUUGUUGGUGUUAGGGGCAUCGUGACCACGCCGGCCGUGGUUGAGAGCACGAGCUUGUUGGUAGCAUAUGGUAUUGACAUCUUUGGAACUCAGAUUUCGCCGAGCGGCCAGUUUGAUAUUCUGGACAAGGGAUUCAACAAGGUCACUUUGCUUGCUACCGUAUUGGCGCUCACUUGGGGAGUCGUGCUGUUGGCACCUAUGGUUCGGAGAAAGCAGAUUAAUCGGAUGUGGGAAGCAUUUUUGUAA